AGUUAUAAAUAGGUAGAAAGACAGCGGUGCCUAAAAUCACAAGAAAGCAAUGGGUUUGAAAAAAGCACUGAUGAUUUUGUACUUUCUGCUCUUCCUUCACUUCCUCACCGUUCGCUCACGACCCUUACACGCGGCCUCCGGCGGUCCCAACCUCCCGGCUCCGGCGGAGAUCGACGGCGAUGGGUUUGCCGGUAAAACACGUGAAAUCACGGCGGUCGUCAGGAGAGGCGGCGGAGCCCGUGGCGGAGGCGGAGGCGGUCGUGGGAGAGGAUUCGGCGGCCGUGGCGGCCGUGGCGGAGUGAUUCCAGUUUAUGCGGCGGGGUCCCACCGCCGAGGACAUAGUUCUACCGGUCAGAGUCUCAAACCGGGAUCCGGUUCUGUCGGUUUCUUGGGAUUGUCGGUUUGGGCAGGUUUGAUGUUUAUGUUUUAGGGUUUGGUUUUUUUUUCUUUCGGGGUUCCGGUUUUCGUAAGAUUGGAUCAACACGGACGUAGUGUAAGUGCGCGUAAUGAAAUGUCUAAAAACUAGUUUGGUAAUGCAGACAUAUUAGGUUUGAUUAAGGUCGGUUUGGUUUGAUUUAAUAUACUUAAUUUUAAAUAUAUA